AUGUAUUCUUUACCGACAACUCUCCUUGAAUACUACACUACAAACUACACAAAAUGCCAGCAAUCAUUUUCUAUCUUUUCCACUCCAGAAUUCUUAUCGAUUGGCGCGAAAUCUCAAUUUUUUGUGAUUGUUCCGAUCAAUUUGUUCGGAUUUUAUUGUAUUAUCUGUAAAACUCCGAAAUAUAUGAAGGAGUUUCAAUUCCAUUUGUUUCAUAUGCAAUUUUGGUUUCUAAUCCUGACAAUAUUCUACACAAUCCUCACAACUCCUUAUCACUUCUACCCCGCAGAAGUCCGGUGUUCCGUUGGCUUCUUUCGAGAUUUUGGAAUCAGUUCUAGAUAUCAAGUGUAUCUAAUCAACUUGGUAUACGGUGGAAUCGUUUCUGCUGUUAUCUUAUUAUUCGAAAAUCGUCAUCGACAUUUGGUUCCUUCAACUGAUAUCUUCUACAAUAUCAAAGGACUCAUCAACAUCUGCAUCCUAUUCAUCCCAUCUCAUAGUGUAUUCUCCACAACUGCUGUCAUCAUUUUCAAUGUUCCAUAUCGAAAUUUUGUGAAGAAGAUUCUCGGAAUAGGACAGGACAACUCAAUUAGCAGAGUGGCUAUUGUUUCUAGUUUUUGA